AUGACUGUGUACUCCCAGGUAAUGUUAGGAGCAGGCAUCGGAAGCGAAGCGACAAUAAUUGGUGGGCUAUGUCUCCUCGCCCUGGCCACAGCCCUUGCGUGGCUCUCCACACAUGUGCCCGAGAAUGAGGGCCGCAUGAUGGGCACAAUCACUUCAUGGGACGCCUCUGUGCCUCUGGUUACCUUGGGGAGCUUCCGCUACAACAGACAUGACGUCUCCAACUCCGAUGACAGCAACAGGCAAGCAGAGUCCCCUGAAGAAGACACGCAUGUGGACAAACCAGAGCCAGCUCAAUCAGCUGGCAGCAGUGUGGAGCAGCUUUUGAACACGCAUGGUCUGCAUGAACAGACAGUUGCAAGUCCUCCACCAGCACACUCCCCUUCUUCAAUGCCUUCAGCCGACAUUGCAAGAGAGCGUAUGGAAGACAGGGCAACCUCCUCUUCUACUCAUCAAGACAUCACUGUGCGGCUGAAGUUUUUUGAUGACUCAGAGGAGCUGGCCAAACUCAGUCCUCAAGACACCAUUGGCAACCUGAAGAGUAAAUAUUUCGGUGAGAAGGAGCAUCAGACCAAGUUGAUUUUCCAGGGACAACUCCUCCGAGAUCCCCGGCAGUCCCUGCUCUCUCUGAACAUCACCCACAACAGCGUUGUCCACUGUCACAUCUCCCAGGCCCCAUCACCAUCAGAGGCUCCAGGCUCAGAGGAACCCAGACCAAUCAUCAGGUCUUCAGGGUCACGGGGUGACACGAGGGUAGGGUCCACCCUUGCAGCUGUCUCGGACAGAGGACUAAACAGAGACAGUAUGGUGGUGCCUGCGUUUGCGGUGAUUCUGGGUGUGAUGUGGUUCUUCCGCGUCCACUACAGUCAUCUUUUCACAACUCCGGCUACCAUCUUCCUGGUGGGUGUCAGUCUCCUUUUUGUGCUCAUGGUCUACAUCUCUGAGCAGUGAGACAACAAGCCAUGGAUGGCAGAGACUCUUUUGUUGUGAGAUGGAGGUGUUGCCA